AUGGCGAGCCCUAGCACAACCUUGGACCCGAUUGAUGACGCUGCCGCGCCCUACGAGUACACGACGGACUUUUAUGCCAGUGAUCCUAUCCUCGAGUGCCUCUACAGCUCCGGAGACGGCUCCUACAUCCUCGACUUCGACGCACACCUCAUACGGUUGUCACAACAGCCGUUCAUGCGGGGUGCUGGGCCGGCUGCUUCGUAUCCCUCCUCUCAGCUGCCCGGCCGCACGACAGCCACGAGAACCUCGCUCGGAGACUCGGGUGACGCUCGCCGAAGCGGGCAACGUGGCGACGACAGCAGCCUUUCGGCCCCGACGCCGGCCGAUGACUCAGUACUGCCGCCAUUUCUGCAGUCCAGCCCACCCCGGACAUCUCUUCCACAACAACAGCUGCCGCGAGACCGGCUCCGGCCAUCGACACCCCGCGGCCCCGAAUUGAACAGCGACGACUACCUUCAGCUUUUGGCCACGGAUAACUUCUCCUCCCCAUCCAUCUUUGGCCGUGGAAGUCCAGCCGAGCGGACGACCCGGAGCGGCUCACAGCCAAAGGUCGAGAUACCAAGCACAGCACGACACCAGAAGUCAAGUCCGCUUGACAAUAUGCCACAGACUCGGAGACGGUCAAGCGCGGCUGCGGCAUCCAGGCUGCGGGGCGCCAGCACGGUUGCAAGCGGCAGCUCAGCUGCCGCUGCUCUGCCUGGCUCUUACCCCGACGCCACCGCGUCGUCACCCAUCACGGAGGCUUCGCCGACACGAACGCGGACUGCCGUAAAGCGGAGACGAGGCGGCGAGCCGGUGACAGCAGCUUCUACUUCGGCAUCGACAUCAGCAUCAGCGUCAGCAUCAGCAUCAGCAUACGCGACCUUACCAUUACCAGCAUCUUCCUCCACACCAGCAACCGGUGCCGAUAGCAGUCGUACAUCACACACACCAAAGAAACGGCCACGGCGGGGAAACACCAUCGUGCUGGACGACGACCUGUUCGGCUCGGACGACGACGGCAUAGAUGUCGUCAACCUGACCGGGAUUGAUCGACCAGGCGCUGCCAGCCAGGAAGACGUAAAGGUCGCGAUCGAGCCUACUCCGGCUCCCUCGAACAAGGUCAAGCUAGCCAGCUAUCAGUGCGCCAUCUGCAUGGACGACGUGACCAAUCUCGUGGUCACGCAUUGUGGCCAUCUCUACUGCGGUACAUGUCUGCACUCUUCGCUCUACAUGGACGCAUCGCGCAAGGCGUGUCCGAUAUGCCGGCAAAAGAUCGAGCUGCGCAGCUCGGGAGCGGCAAAGUCGGCACGCAGCUACUUUCCCCUGGAGCUGAAACUCAUGACACGCAAUCGGCAGGGCAAGCAGCCAGCAAGACAGUCGUGA